UUUUCUCAGAACGCAUGCGCCCUGGCAAAUUUCCUGUUGUAUUUUCAAUUACAGGAGCAAACUUUUUCCUGUUAGCGCAAAGGUAGCUGGCCAGGUGGGUCUUUCCCUCAACACUUCGUCUCGCCAAUCCCUCUCGAAAAUAAAGCAAAGGCUCCGGAGGAAGCGGGAUCGGCCUCUCCCGGGACACCUGGAGGCUCGGGACUGAGCCUGGAGAAGGAUCCGAUUUGUAUGAAGGAAAGGGGGGUCAGGUGGGAACCCGGCUUCUACCGCAUCCCCGCCGAGCGCUCGCAGCCAUGCCCAGGGCAUUCCUGGUGAAAAGGAAGGAGCCUUAUCCCGAGAUUCGCGACUGGAACGAGCUGCCCGACGAGGAGCGCGCCGACACCUACAUACCAGUCAUUUUGAAUAGUUUCCCGAGUUACCAAGAUGAGAAAACCGAAAAUACCGCAGCCGGAACAAUCGGUUUGGACGAACUGUUAAACGAUUCAAACGAGCGCCGCCUCCUUUGCAAGACCGGACCGGGCCAGGAGAAUGCGGAGGAGCAAGUUCUGGAGUCGGAAUUCAAAAGGCGCAGUGUCUUGCGAACGAAAAUCAAGAUCACAACUGGUGAGUGCAGCGAGGCCACCUUCUGCUGCCAGGUGUGCAGCAAGGGCUUCCGGUUACAGCGCAUGCUCAACCGGCACAUCAAGUGUCACAACCAGGUGAAGCGCCACCUAUGCACGUACUGCGGCAAAGGGUUCAACGACACCUUCGACCUCAAGAGACACGUCAGGACGCACACUGGUAUUCGCCCCUACAAAUGCAGCCUUUGCCACAAAGCCUUUACACAGAGAUGCUCCUUGGAGUCACACCUGAAGAAAAUCCAUGGCGUGGCACAGAAGUACAGCUACAAGGAGAGGAGAGCUAAGCUCUACGUCUGUGAGGAGUGUGGCUUCACAGCCAUAAACCAAGAGGACCUCUACCUCCACAUGAGGCAGAACCACCCAGAGAACCCCAUGCUCAAAAAGACUUCCAAGAAAAUAGCUGCCUCCUUGCAGAAGAAGCUGCUGCACAACAGUGAUGAGAGCAAGGACUCUGAAUAGGAACAAAGGUAUCAGAGCUACACUGAAGCUUCAAUGCUUUAACUUGAUGGUUGGUGCCAAGGAGUUAGAAAACACAGCAGGAACUAUCAGUGUCAACCAAUGCCCUUUGACCUGUCUGCCAGGUAGAUGAAUCAGAGGACACUUAGGCUGUUGCUGAUACACAGAGAUAAGAUCAUAUUUUCAGGUCCUGUGAAAAGAAGAUGAACUCUAGGGUCCUACAGUCAUGGAUGGAAUCUUUGUCUUUCUAUCCCGUGUCUGGGAAGGUGAUGGUACUUACAAUUUGACCCAAUCAAUUGAGCCUCUUCAAAGGACAAUUACAGUAAGGCUCAGUGUCUGAGCAGUGUUUGGGGCUCUUCAGCAUUUUUCAACAGUCUUGUCUGUUAAUUUUCUUCUUUGCCCUUUAAUUUUUGGUUCUGGGUACAUUUAGCUCCAAAGUAUGCACUGUAUCCACUUAUAAAUUUGUGAGCUUGGAAAAUAAAACAUGCACACAAAGGAAAAACAUGGUGAACUUCUAAUAUUUUGUGCAAAUUUCUUAACUUUUGGAGAUUUUCAAAAUGAUAACAUAAUGCUUUACUAACCAGAAAAAGUACAACACUUUGUAAAAUAAACACUUUACACGAAGACACAAAAUGUUGCAGAUGCUAGAAAUCCAGGGCAACACACACAAAAUACUGGAGGAGCUCAGCAGGUCAGGCAGCAUCUAUGGAGGGGAAUUAAACAGUUGACAUUUUGUGCUGAGACCCUUCACCUGAACUGGAAAGGAAGAGGGAAGAAGCCAGACAUAAGAAGGUGGGGAGGGAGGGGAAGGGGUACAAGCUGACAAGUCAUAGGUGAAGCCAGGUGAGGGGAUGGUGGGUGGGUGGGGGAUAAAGUGAGAAGCUUGGAGCUGAUAGGUAGAAAAGCUAAAGAAAGGGCUGAAGUAGGAGGAAUCUGACUGGAGAAGAGAGUGGACCAAGGGAAUGGGGGAGGGACACCAGAGGGAGGCGAUAGGUGAGAAGGGAAGGGGUAAGAGGGGAGCCAGAAUGGCAAAUGGAAAAAGAGAGGAGGAUGAUGUGAGAGAAAUCACCGGAAGUUAGGUAAAUCAAUGUUCAUGCUGUCAAGCUGGAAGCUACCUAGACAGAAUAUGAGAUAUUGCUCCUCCAACCUGAGAAAGGCCUCAUCAUGGCAGCAGAGGAAGCCAUGGACUGACAUGUCCGACUGGGAAUGUGAAUGUGUGGACCCAGGGAAACCCUGCCUGUUACAGGUGGAGUGAAGGGGCUCGACAAAGCAGUCCCACGGUCUAUGUCAGGUAGUACCUAUGUAGAGGAGGCCGCACCAGGAGUGCUGGCCACAGGAGAUGACCCUGAAAGGCUUGCAGGUGAAGUGUCACCUCACUUGGAAGGACUGUUUGGAGCCCUGAAUGGUGCUGAGGGAGGAGGUGAAGGGGCAGAUGUAGCACUUGCAGGGAUAUGAAGAUACAAUUUAUAGUCAAUGUCUUCCCAGUCCCUUCAGCAGUUACACAUUCUGCUUGAAACUGUUCUUAAGAAUCACUUCAGAAAACAAAGUUGGGUUGUUUAUUCUGCAGAUUGCAUGUCAACCACUUCAAACCAUAUUAAAAAUUGUCAAGGUUGCUGGUGAACCCUGGGCUUUGAUUUUGUUCUGACUGCAAGAAGCCUCAGUGUUGUCUCUGUAAAACUUCCAAGUAGCUCUAGAAGAGGGAUUCACAGACCCCUCAGUUAAUGGUAGGGGUCCAUGGCAUAAAAAAGGUUGGGAACCCCUGCUCUAGAAUGUUCAGUCUUGAGAAUUAAUGAAGAAAAGGAUUCCUGGUUACAAAAUGGCCAUCAGACAUGCCAACUGACUUUAGUAACGAUGAUGGAAGAGUGGUCAGUGACGUAAUGCAGGAAGUUGGAAAGUGGCAAUUUGCACACGUCAAGGCCACAAGAGAGACAAGAUGAGAUAACCUUUAAAAGAUGCUCAUUCAUGAAUGAUACAGUAUAGAAAUGGACCCUUCAGCCCACCAUGUCUUUACUAGCCAUCAACCAUUUACCAGCACACGGUCUGUAGCCUCCUCUGCCCUGGCAAUUCAAGGACAAAUCUAGACAAUCCCGAAGCUUUGAGUCUCUUUCUCCAUCCCACUGUCAGACAGAUAUGCCCCAGAUUCUGAGACCCCUCUGGAUGCAAACGUUCCUCCUCCAAUGCUCUCUAAACCUUCCACCUCUUAUAUAAGAACAGGAUGCAGUAGAAGCAAGAGUAGGCUACUCACCCCUUCAAAGGCUAUUCUGUCAUUCAAUAUGAUCAUGGCUGAUCUGCCCCAGGCCUCAACACAGUGCCAAUUCCCCAAUUGUUCUAAGAUCUUUCUACUUUCCCUUUAAAUACCCCCAUUGAUCUUGCCUCCAUAGUCCUCCCAGACAGAACAUUCCAGAGAUUUACCAAUGUCUAAGCGAAGAAGCUCCAACACAUCUCAGUUUUAAACUGCCUGCCAAUCUUGUAAUUGUCUUCUAGUCUUGAACUGAAACAUCUCAACAUCUACCCAGUCAAGUUCCCUUAGAAUCUUACAUACUUUGAACAAGAUCCACUACACUCUCAGCGAAAGAAAAAUACUAUUCUUGGUUAGGAAUGGCUGACCCUCUUGAGAUAUACCUCAGGAUUCCCUGCACCAGAGACAAGGAAACAUCAUAGAUGGAUCAGCAAGUUUGUAGAUGACACCAUGAUUGGAGUUGGGACAUUGCAAAGGACUAUCAAGUAAUUCAGUGAGAUGUAGAUCAGUUAUAGAUAUGGACAGGGAAGUGGCCGAUGGAGUUUAAUCCAGGCAAGAGGUCUGGUGUGGGUCAAUAGAACUCAGAAGAAUAACAGUUCAGCAUGGACUAGAUGGGCCAAAUGGCUGCUUCUGUGCAGUGGUAACCUAUGACUCUAAGUGUUGCACUUUAGAGGGUCAAAGGAGAAAAUGUUAAUGGUUAACAGUUAAUUGCAGACCCCUAAAUAAAACUGAGGUACAGAGUAACCUUGGGGUCCAGUUCCAUAGAUCACCAAAAGCAGGAACACAAGUGGAUGAGGUGGUAAAGAACGUGAAUGGCAGGCUUGCCUUCACUGGUAUGGGUGCCGAAUAUAAGAGUAAGGUAGUCAUUCUGUAGCUUUAUCAAACAUUUGUCCAACUGUACUGGGAUUAUUGUGCCUGGUUCUGGUCGCUCCAUUUUAGGAAUAAUGUGAAGUCCGUCGAAAGGGUACAAAAGAGGUUUACCAGGAUGCUGCCUGGAUUCAAGGGAAUUAACUAUAAGGAAAGGAUGGAAAAUCCUGGAAUGUCAGAGGCUGAGGGGAGACCUGUUAAAGGCUGUUAAAAUUAUGAGAAGCAUAGGUAGGACUGACAGUCAGAAUCUAAUUCCUAAGGUAGAAAUGUCAAAACCUUGAGGACAUGCUUCUAAAAUUAGAGGGGGGAAGUUUAAAAGCAUCAUGAAAGGCAAGAUUUUUUAAUGCAGAGAGUAGUAGGUACUUGUAAUAGGUAUAGGUUACUGGAGGCAGUAGUGGAAUCAGACAGCUUGGUGGAGUUUAACAGACUUUUAGAUAGAUAUGUGAAUGAGAAGGGAAUGGAGAGAUAUACAUAAUAUACAAGAGGAGGACAUUUAGUAUUAAUUGGCAACAGGGCUGGCCCACUUUGUGGGCCAAAUGGCCUGUCCGGUGUUGUACUGUUCUAUGUUCCCUGUAUCUACUGUCAAGUCCUGUAAGAACUUUGUGUUUCAAUGAGGUCACUUCUCCUUAUUCUGACUCCUGAAUAGUAUAGGUCCAGUCUUACUAAUCUCUCCUUGUAGGACAAACCCUCUAUCUCAUGGAUGAAUCCUUGUUGGACACUCUCCAUCACAGGUAUAUCCUCCCUGUAGAGACCCAAGAGCUGCACACAGUAUUCCAGAUGUGGUCCCACCAGGGGGUCAUAAUUGCAUUAACACAUCCUUAAUCUUCUACUCUAAUCCUCUUGCAAAACGGUCUACACACUACUUAAUUACCUGCAAGCUUGCUAUGCCUGUACAUUAGUCGUGGAGCAAUACAGCACCAAAACAGGACCUACAGCCAAUACAGUCCAUGUCAUCCUGCCUAGUCCAGCUGACCAGAGCCCUCCAUACCCCUCCCAUCCAUGUACUUAUCCAAAUGUUGAAAUAGAACCUGCAUCCACCACUUCUGCUGGCAGCUUGUUCCAUACUCUCACCACCCUGAGUGAAGAUGUUUUCCCUCAACCUAAAUAGAGUGUUACCUCAAGCGGAGUGGCCUGUGGAAAGCGCCGAGUGUGUGGGCCAGUGAAGGUGUGGAGAUUUGAGGCUUUGACUCAGGAGGCGGAGGAUGAGCUUGUUCCCAAUUAGUCUUUACAAUGCCUCCUGAGAUGGUGAUGUGCCUCUCCUGUGAGACGUGGCAGUCUUGGGGAAACUCCCCUCUCCCACAGAGUCACAUCUGCCAGAAGUGCUUGCGGCUGGGUGAUCUGGAAGACCGUGUGAGGAAAUCUGGAGCAGCAGCUGGAUGACCUUUGACUCAUAAGGGAGAAUGAGGCAGUCAUAGAUGACAGCUACAGGGAGGUAGUCACACCUAGACUGCUGGAAGCAGGUUAUUGGGUGGCAGUCUGAGGGGGGAAAGCGAAGAAGAGUAGACAGGUAGUGCAGAGCACCCAUGUUGCCAUUCCCCUGAAUAAUAAGUUUACCGUCCUGGAUGCUGUUGGUGAGGAUGACCAACCAGGUGUGAGGCACUGAGUCUGACCCUGUGGUGCAGAAGGAUGGGACGGAGAAGAGGAGAGCUGUCGUCAUUGGAGACUCUAUAGUCAGGGGAGCAGACAGGAGAUUUUGUGGGCGUGAGAAGGAAACCUGCAUGGUUUGUUGUCUCCCGGGUGCCAGGGUCUGGGAUGUCUCUGACCGGGUACAUGACAUCCUGGUACGAGAGGGAAAGCAAACAGAAGUCGUGAUACAUGUUGGGACCAACGACAUAGGCAGGAAGAGGGAUGAGGUCCUGAAGUGGGAGUUUUGGGAACUAGGCAGAAGGCUGAAGAACAGGACCUCAAGGGUGGCGUUAUAUGUUCCACACACACUUUAUUCCUAACAAGCCUGAUAGAGUUCUUUGAGGUGACCAGGCAUAUAGAUGAGGGUAGUGUAGUGGAUGUGAUCUACAUGGAUUUUAGUAAGGCAUUUGACAAGGUUCCACAUGGUAGGCUUAUUCAGAAAGUCAGAAGGCAGGGAAGUUUGGCCAGGUGGAUUCAGAAUUGGCUUGCCUGCAGAAGGCAGAGGGUCAUGGUGGAGGGAGUACAUACAGAUUGGAGGGUUGUGACUAGUGGUGUCCCACAAGGAUCUGUUCUGGGACCUCUGCUUUUUGUGAUUUUUAUUAAUGACAUGCAUGUGGGGGUGGAAGGGUGGGUUGACAAGUUUGCAGACGACACAAAGGUUGGUGGUGUUGUAGAUAGUGUAUAGGAUUGUCGAAGAUUGCAGAGAGAUAUUGAUAGGAUGCAGAAGUGGGCUGAGAAGCGGCAGAUGGAGUUUAACCCGGGGAAGUGUGAGGUGGUACACUUUGGAAGGACAAACUCCAAGGUAGAGUACAAAGUAAACGGCAGGAUACUUGGGAGUGUGGAGGGGCAGAGGGAUCUGGGGGUACAUGUCCACAGAUCCCUGAAGGUUGCCUCAAAGGUAGAUAGGGUAGUUAAGAAAGCUUAUGGGGUGUUAGCUUUCAUAAGUCGAGGGAUAGAGUUUAAGAGACGCAAUGUAAUGAUACAGCUCUGUAAAACUCUAGUUAGGCCACAUUUGGAGUACUGUGUCCAGUUCUGGUCGCCUCAGUAUAGGAAGGAUGUGGAAGCAUUAGAAAGGGUACAGAGGAGAUUUACCAGGAUGCUGCCAGAGAGUAUCGAUUACGAUCAGAGAUUAAGGGAGCUAGGGCUUUACUCUUUGGAGAGAAGGAGGAUGAGAGGAGACAUGAUAGAGGUGUAUAAGAUAUUAAGAGGAAUAGACAGAGUGGACAGCCGGCGCCUCUUCCCCAGGGGACCACUGUUCAGUAUAAGAGGACAUGGCUUUAAGGUAAGGGGAGGGAAGUUCAAGGGGGAUAUUAGAGGAAGGUUUUUCACUCAGAGAGUGGUUGGUGCGUAGAAUGCACUGUCUGAGUCAGUGGUGGAGGCAGAUACACUAGUGAAGUUUAAGAGACAACUAGACAGGUAUAUGGAGGAAUUUAAAGUGGGGGGGUUAUAUGGGAGGCAGGGUUUGAGGGUUGGCACAACACUGUGGGCCAAAGGGCCUGUAAUGUGCUGUACUAUUCUAUGUUCUAUGUUUAACCCAUGGCCUUUAGUUCUAGUCUCAUCAAUCUCGGUGGAAAAGGCCUACUCUAUCUAUACCUCCCGACCAAAUCACCCCUCAUUCUUCUACACUCCAGGAAAUAAAAUCCUAACCUAAUCAAACCUUCCCUAUUACUCGGGUCCUCAAGUCCUUGUAAAUUUUCUCUGCAAUCUUAUUAAUAUCUUUCCUGUAGGUAGAUGAACAGGACAGCACUAUACUCCAAAUCAGGCUUCACCAAUGUCUUACACAACUUGUGUAUAGGUCUCUGUGCAUCAACAUCUUUCAGCCUCUCACCAUUUACAAUUUACCCAUCUUCAUCGUGGUUUCUACCAAUAAUCGCAGAUUUUCUCAUUUCUUCACAUUGUAUCCUGUCUGCCAAAUCCCUGCCCAUUCACUUAGCUUGCCACGUCACAAAGUCUUGCUGCAUCCUCUUCUAGCUCACACCGCCACCAGUUCCAUGUCAUCCUCAAACCUGGACAUACACCAGAGCCUGUUUUAUUAGGUACACCUGUACACCUGCUCAUUGAUACAAAUACCUAAUCAGCCAAUCACGCGACAGCAACUCAAUUGAUAAAAGCAUGUAGAUAUGGUCAAAAGCUUCAGUUGUUCAGGCUAAUCAUCAGAAUGGGCAAGAAGCGUGAUCUAAGUGACUUUGACCAUGGUGCCAGAUGGGGUAGUCUGAGUACCUCAGGAACUGCCGAUCUUUUGCGAUUUUGAUGCAGAGUAGUCUUUUGAGUUUACAGAAAAUGAUGCGGUAAACAAAAAAAAACAUCCAUUGAGCGGCAGUUCUGUGGGUGAAAAAUGCCUUGUUAAUGAAAGAGGUCAGAGGAGAAUGGCCAGACUAGCUGAAGCUGACAGGAAGGUGACAGUAACUCAAAUAUCCACACAUUAUGACAGAGGUGUACAGA